GAAGAAAUAAGGCGAGCUGUCCCCGUCUCUUCCUGGAUCUGAAGUCGGUGGCGAUAAAGAGCUUAAGAUGAGCUACCCUGGAUACCCUCCACAGUCCGGUGCCUACCCACCACAAGCAGGGGGUUAUCCACCCCAACCAGGGACAUACCCCCCUCAAGUAGGUGGCUACCCACCAGCAGUGGGGGGCUACCCUCCUGCACCAGGAGGCUACCCCCCACAGGCGGGGGGAUACCCACCACAAGCUGGCGGAUACCCACCACAAGCUGGCGGUUACCCUCCUGCUGCAGGCGGUUAUCCUCCAGCAGCGGGGGGCUACCCUCCGGCGGCUGGAGGCUUCCCCCCUCAAGCAGGAGGCUACGCACCGCAGCCUGGAGCAGGAGGCUAUCCUGCCAUGCCUCCAGCAGGAGGAGGAUGGGGUGGGGCACCACCAGCUGACUAUGGAAUGCCAGGCGGGGCUCAGCAGGGGUACCCAGCGGGUCCCGCUCCAGGCCAACAGCCCAUGCCAAAUUACCCCGGAGCCCCCCCGACUAACCCCUCCAUGCCUGGAUACGGCGGCGCUGCCCCCACCCACUCACCAGCGGCACCUGCCAUCUCAAAAGGAUACAGGGGCUCCAUUAAAGACUACCCAGGGGCUGAUCCACUGAGGGACGUGGAAGUCCUUCGCAAAGCAAUGAAGGGUUUUGGAACUGAUGAAGGAGCUAUCAUUGAACUUCUUGGAAGUCGCACUAGCAAGCAGAGGGUGCCAAUGGUAGCCGGCUACAAAACUACUUAUGGAAAGGAUUUAAUCCGCGACCUGAAGUCUGAGCUCACUGGAAACUUUGAGAAGCUUGUUAUUGCCAUGCUGAUGACGCCUGCACAGUUUGAUGCCUCUGAACUCAGAGAGGCCAUCAAGGGUGCAGGAACUGAUGAAGCUUGUCUGAUUGAGAUCCUGGCGUCUCGCACCAAUGCCGAGAUCCGUGAAAUCAAUCAUAUUUACAAAUCUGAGUACGGCAAGACUCUGGAGGAUGCUAUCAUCAACGAUACCUCAGGACACUUCCGCAGACUCCUGGUCUCCCUCUGUCAGGGAAAUCGUGACGAAAGGGAAACUGUGGACAUCUCCCUGGCCAAACAGGAUGCUCAGAAACUGUAUGCCGCUGGGGAAAAUAAAGUCGGAACUGAUGAGUCACAGUUCAACGCCAUCCUGUGUGCCCGCAGCAAGCCUCACCUUCAGGCAGUGUUUCACGAGUAUCAGCAGAUGUGUGGCCGCGAAAUUGAAAAGAGCAUCUGCAGGGAGAUGUCUGGAGAUGUGGAAUCUGGCAUGGUGGCUGUCGUGAAAUGUAUCAAGAACACCCCUGCCUACUUUGCAGAAAGACUCCAUAAGGCAAUGCAGGGAGCUGGGACCAAGGACAGGACCCUUAUCCGGAUCAUGGUGUCCCGCUCCGAAAUUGAUAUGUUGGACAUCAGACCGGUGUAUGUCAGGACCUACGGCAAAUCCCUGUACACCCACAUCUCUGGUGAUACCUCUGGAGAUUACCAGAAGCUGCUGUUGAAGCUCUGUGGAGGUAGUGACUAGCAGGAACGCGCUUCCGCUCACAAGGAUGGCGCAGUUGUCCACAUUGUACCAAUGUUGCCGGACCUUGUAUCACUGAUGCAUGCAUGCAGUAAAUUUUACUUUUUAAACGACAGCAGCCAAUCAAUCUUAUAUACGUGAGGCAUUUUCUCAACUAUAUUCAAAGAUGUGUAACUUUUUGCAACUGUAUAGUUUUAUGUGAUUGACAAAUAAUAAAUAACUUUUAUUUAGAUACAGAUAAAUGGAGAUAUAUGGAGAUUUUUAAAGACGGGGUAGAUAACUUUGCCUCACUGUUCGAGGCAAGGCAGUUUAGAGCAAAAAGUGGGCCCCCUAACGUUGUGUACAGCAUUGCAACACCCCCCCCCACACACACACACAAACGCACACAUUUUUGUGGCAUAGACUUUGUGAGAACCACUCUUGAUUGGCUGCAAAAUUAGCCUAUCAUAACUGUGAGCAAAUGUCAAUCAUCUGAUUCAUCUGCACAGCUAAUAGUUGUAACCUAUAGGAGCAGAGGGUCAACAUGAAGCAUUUAUCUUCAGCAUCAGUGUAUCAGUCUACCUCAGUGCAUUUUUCAAUUUAAUACAGUUAUCCCUUCUCUCACAGGAUCAAUACAGUCACAACAUAAGAACAAAAAUAAAGGAACAGCUAAAUAAAGUAUAGCAGCAGCCGUGCCGUUUCCAUUUUUAGAAUGAGGGCAAUAUCUAAACGCAUUAUUUACAUAACGCUUUCUUUUCCGACACAACAUCAACAGUACACAUGCAUGAAAUCUCGUUAAUCAUGAGUUGGCUGACUAAUUGCCAGCGGGCAAAAGCUUCAAUGAUGAAAUCAUGCCCACAUCGAAUACAAUUAUGAAUGUUGCAGCUGCAAUUGCUCAUAGUUGUUUGAUGAUGCCAUUACCGUUCAGCCGUGUUAAUUAGCAGUAAUCUGUAGAACAGAAGAAAACGAGAUAUCGAGAUCUGUAAAGUUACCUAUUCCGUCUUUGAAGUGGCCAUGUACACUAACUAACCUGAGCUUUAGUGCUGCCUGCAAGUCUAUGCAAAUGUCUAAUUUACACAAGAGUUGCCACAUUUCUAUUUUUGUUCUUUGCAUAUGAAUAGUUCCGUUUAUGGUUUAACAGUUGUAGGAACAACGUGGCCUUUUAUAUGGGAAGCUAAAAAAAACAAAAAAAACCCCAAAGCCUAUAGCAUGUGCCUAUGUCAGUGCUGCUGUGUGUCAACAACUGGCCUUCUCAGCUGUAAUGGAAGUCCAUAUGUUAACACUUUUGUGUGGCAGUCAAUCAGUAUCCUUGUUUCAAUGAAAAAAAGAUGUAAUAAUAGCACUGUUUGUUUCUCAGUGCUGCUGUUACAAUACUUUCAUUCAUAGAUAGUAUAUCUAUUCCUGGUUUGUGUGUUAUUACCAGUAGAGGGCUCUUGGUGCACAUAAAGUGGAUGUAUGAUGUUUCUGACCUAACUCUGAGUAGCUACUGCACUAACACUGUUUUGCCGCCUUCCUUGCAAUAUGAUAAUAUUCCAGUCCUGAAUUUCAAUGUAUGCUGUUGUCAUUUCUUUUUUUAACAUUUGCCAUGUGUAGUUGUGACGUCUCCCGAGGAUUAUGUAAAGCCGCCAAUUAUUUCAAUAAAAACGUUUGGACAUAAUAGAA